CUAGUAGCACUUACAGAACACUGUAUAUAAACACCAUCACUCCUUCACUUCAUCUUCACCAAUUAACUCAACCAGUGUUUAGAGUGAAAGAGAAGGAGAGAAACACAAAAUGGUGAAGUUCGAGAGGGUUCCUUUACUGUUAGGGUUAGUUCUGGUUCUACUUCUGGUCGGAGCCAAAGCCAGUGAACCUGUCUGUCGUCAAGCUGAGAAGUUUAGCAGAGCUAGCUUUCCUGAAGGUUUCCUUUGGGGAACCGCAACCGCAGCGUUUCAGGUUGAAGGAGCUGUUGAUGAAGGCUGCAGAGGUCCAAGCAUGUGGGACACUUUCACUAAGAAAUAUCCACAUAGAUGCCAAAAUCAUAACGCUGACGUAGCUGUUGAUUUCUACCAUCGUUACAAGGAAGAUAUCAAGUUGAUGAGAGACCUCAACACUGAUGCUUUUAGACUUUCUCUUGCGUGGCCUCGAAUUUUUCCUCAUGGAAGAAUGUCUAAGGGAAUAAGCAAACAAGGAGUCCAAUUCUACCACGACCUCAUCGAUGAGCUUCUUAAAAACAAGAUAACUCCACUAGUCACUGUAUUUCACUGGGAUACUCCUCAGGACUUAGAAGAUGAAUACGGUGGUUUCUUGAGUGGUAACAUUGUGAAGGAUUUUACGGAGUAUGCAAACUUUACUUUCCAUGAAUACGGGCACAAAGUGAAGAACUGGAUCACAUUCAAUGAGCCAUGGGUGUUUAGUCGUGCCGGUUAUGACGUCGGGAAGAAAGCUCCGGGACGUUGUUCACCAUACAUUGAAGAAUGGGGAAAGCAUUGUGAAGAUGGACGGUCAGGAUUUGAAGCUUAUCAAGUCAGUCACAACUUACUCUUAGCUCAUGCUCAUUCCGUUGAAGCCUUCAGAGCAUGCGAACAGUGCGCUGGGGGUAAAAUAGGAAUUGCACACAGUCCAGCUUGGUUUGAACCAGCCGACCUUGAGAGUAUUGGAGCUCCCAUUGAACGUGUGCUUGAUUUCAUCCUGGGAUGGCAUUUGCAUCCAACAACUUACGGAGACUAUCCACAGUCGAUGAAGGAUCGCAUUGGUCAUAGAUUGCCAAAGUUCACUGAAGCUGAAAAGAGAAUCCUAAAGAACUCUGCAGAUUUUGUCGGAAUGAAUUAUUAUACAUCAUUGUUUGGUGCUAAUAUGAAGACAGGUGAUUCCAAGAACCCGAGUUGGACGACCGACUCCCUUGUUCAGUGGGAAAGUAAGACUGUGGAUGGAUACAAGAUUGGUAGCAAGCCUGCCGGUGGGAAACUGGAUGUGUAUUCAAGAGGAAUGAGGAAGCUUUUGAAGUAUAUCAAGGACAACUAUGGAGACCCAGAAAUUAUGAUUACUGAGAAUGGAUAUGGAGAGGAUCUUGGAGACUUACACAAUGACGUCGCAGUUGGAACAAAUGAUCACAACAGGAAAUAUUAUCUCCAGAGGCAUCUUUUGAGUUUGCAUGAAGCCAUAUGCGACGACAAGGUUAAAGUUACUGGAUACUACGUGUGGUCUUUGAUGGACAACUUUGAGUGGCAAGAUGGUUACAAGGCUAGGUUCGGGCUUUACUACAUCGAUUUCCAAAACAAUUUGACCCGUCAUCAGAAAGUUUCCGGCAAAUGGUAUGCUGAUUUUCUUAAGCCGGGAUUUCCAACAUCCAAGAUAUUGAGGGAAGAACUCUAAGAUCAAGAAUCCAAAUCCUGAAUCCUCUGAAGAAUAAGUUAACGUAUUGCAAGGGUCUUGUUAUUGAGGAUUACUAUCUGUUUUGUGUGUAUUAUGGAUCAUCUUUAUCGUUUUUAUCUAUGUUUUCUUUCAUGUUAGCCAGGCUUGAGGUUCUGUAGUAGUCAUCGUAUUAAUAAGAUGUUGUUUACGUCAACAAAAUAA